GCAAUUAUCGCAGAUUCACAGUGAAUUUCUUGCGAGACGGUCGUUGUCUUCAAAGUUUCCCCCAUAAAUAAUAAAGAAAAAAAUUAACGCAACGAGUUUCACAUUUUUUUUACGUUAAUUGAUAAAAAAAAAUAAUAAAAAAAAGUAAAAUCAUGCCGGUUAAAGUAGCUAUUAAGAAAGUGUUGGUUUGCGAUGCUGUCGAUGAAUCAUGCGUUGCGUUGCUAAAAGCGAACGGCGUUCAAGUGGAUUACAAAUUAAAAUUGCCCGAAAGUGAGUUAUGCAAGGAAGUCCGUAACUACGAUGCGUUAAUCGUGCGUUCCGACACCAAAGUCACGGAAAAUGUCUUGAAUGCGGGCGCCGGAGCGUUAAAAGCUGUUGGGCGUGCUGGCGCUGGCGUCGAUAACAUCAACGUGGAUGCCGCCACGAAAAAUAAUGUCGUCGUACUGAACGCCCCGGGCGGAAAUUCCAUCUCGGCUUGCGAAUUGACUUGCAUGCUCGUUUGUAGUUUGGCUCGUCCUGUUUGCCCGGCAGCCGAGAGCAUGAAACAAGGCAAGUGGGACAGAAAAUUGUACUCUGGAAGUGAGUUAUACGGAAAAACUUUAGCAGUUCUUGGCUUGGGUCGCAUCGGGCGUGAAGUUGCCUUGCGAUUGCGUGCUUUUGGCAUGAGAGUCAUCGGUUACGAUCCAAUCACCUCAGAAGCUGAUGCCAAAGCGGCUGGCAUUGAAAAAAUGGAGUUGGAACAAAUUUGGCCCUUAGCGGAUUACAUUACGGUUCACACACCCCUGAUUCCGAGCACAAGAGGCCUCGUUGGCACAGAAAGUCUCAAAAAGUGCAAGAAAGGUGUGAAAGUCGUGAAUGUCGCUCGUGGCGGAAUUGUCGAUGAAAAAGCUCUCUUUGAAGCUCUUGAAUCGGGACAAUGUGCCGGCGCUGCUCUAGAUGUUUUCACCGAAGAACCCCCCAAAAGUGAGUUUUUGCAUCAGCUGAUCAAACAUCCGAAAGUCGUUGCUACCCCGCAUUUGGGUGCCAGCACGAAGGAAGCACAAAUUCGCGUUGCUGUGGAAAUUGCCGAACAAUUUAUCGCCUUAGCAGGCACUUCAACGGCUUACACGCAGUAUCAGGGCGUUAUCAACCGAAACGUCUUAGAACAUUAUCAAUAAACAACAAAAAAAACAACAA